AUAUAAUAAAAUGCUAAACAGGAGAUUCCUUCGCUCGCUCACAGAUUCGAGACUUGUCUGCAAAAAACAGGUUAAGGCUUUUAGCACUGUCCCAGUAAGAACCUUCACGAGUAACUCAAAAGACUCUAAGUAUGAGGUAGAUGCCGCUGAGGCAUAUCCUACUAGGAUGAAGUACCAACAGGUGAUCCAACAAACGCUUGAGCGUCUCCGGAAAUAUCACAAGGAGCUCAAGCCUUAUAAGACCAGGGAAAAUGUCCUCAAAUCUGUCUCCAGAGAGAUGGAGGUGUUACAACAACUCGAUGUGUUCCCAAGCAUCGUAGAAGAGAUGGAAAUUGAAGACGAUAUUAAAGAAAUCAAAGACUUAGAAUCUAAACUCGAAAUAAAAGAGCCUACCUCCAAGUCUGAGAUUGAUGAAAUGAUCGAAGAAGUGGAUAGGUACCAAGUAGACGACCUCGAAGACAGAUUUGAUGAAUCGAUUGGAUACAAAUUAGUAUCCACAUACGACAGAAGAAAGUUGAAGAUGAAGAAGCACAAGAGGCAGAAGAGAAAGAAGCUGAUGAGGGCUUACCUUGAGAAGAUAAUCAAGAAAAAGAAUAAAUAAGCCAAGCUAUUCGAGGAUGGACUUCAUCUUA